AUGAAUAUUAUAUGGCAAGUUGCGGGAAUUAUUGACAGUUUCUUUGUUCACGGCUGUCCGUAUCAGCAGGAUCGGCCCAAAGACGCCGACGCCGCUGACUACUCCGUACCUAACCUCGGGAACCCCAGAUUCUCUCCGGCCGGGCUAGUUGUCUCUCCAGUCUCUCCACACCGAAAACGGAAAAACCUGCUACCGGCGGCUAUCCCCGACGCCAACGGCGUGCUUAGUAAGACAGCGCCCCGUAACUUCCUCAGCUGGCAAACCGCAGAGGGAAAGAGCAACGGGCAAAAGGCAAAAGAGGAAGGCAGCAGCCGGUCGGGAUGCCGCGCCAAAGAUGGCAAGUGCCAGCAGGACACGGCAAGUGGACGCUGA